AUGAUAAAACUAUUAAGUUUUGGAUAAAGACAAUUGAUGGAUCUGUUAAUAAACAAUCACAGAUCAUCAAAAUUAUGUUUACUAAUUAAGUUUAAACGAAGAAUAAAUUUCAUCUGGAUAUAAUAAAAAUGGAUUGUGAUAUAAAAAAUUAAAGCUGAUUAGUCAAAAUAUCGAUUAUGCUUUAUCAACAAUAAUCUUUUCACAUUUCAACCUGAUUAUGGCAAUUUGAUGUAAGUUUAUGAGAUGAAUAGUGUAAGCAGAUGACAUAUUAAAACUAAAAAUAUUAUUGUUGAUCAAGGUGGUGAUGAUGAUUAUAUAUUUUCCCCAUAAUAAGAUAUAAAACCAAAAUAAUUACUUGUGACUAAACAUAGUGAUAAUAUCAGUUUAAUAAGAAAUAUAGAAAAUGAUGUAUUUAAAAUUGAGUCAUCUAUUCAAUUUUGGGAUUAUUGUUUAUUCGUUUAAAUGAGUGAUGAUGGAGAAUAUUUGAUUACUUGGAAUAAAUUAUCUAAAGAAUUAUAAAUAUGGAAAUAUACAGAAAUAUGUGUAUUAGCAAAUUAUUAAUAUAUGUAAUUAUAUAAUAAUGAAUUUUAUUCCAUUUUAGAGAUUACAGCAAAUAAGUUUAACCUAUUUUAACUAAAUAAAUUUGAUUAAAGAUUUAGAUAAGCAAGAAUAUAAGUUUGA